AUGGAAGAACAAAAUAAUAUCUUUCAGAAGAAUUUCAGUCCCAAAAUCUCAGAAAUCAGAGCUUCUCUGUCUCAGAUCAUACUAGCAGGAGGACCAAACACACUCGACUCGAUCUUCUCGCUUCUCACUCCUUCCUCCGGUGAAUCCGCCACAACAUCCCUCGACACUCUCAAUCCUUCGCCUCCGCCGCCGUCGCAGCUCGGCUCCUCCGUCUAUCUCCGGCAACGAGAUCUUAUCGAGAGACUCCACCUUCAAAACAGAGCAAUCUACACUCCUCCUCCUCUGUUUUCCUCAUCGUUCGAUCAUCAAGCUUCUGAGCUAAUGCUCCAAGCUGCGACCGCGACUCCUGCCGCCGCCUUCGCCGCGGCGUUAGCGGCUGGGAGGACGCAGAAAAAGAAGAAGCUUUACAGAGGAGUGAGGCAGAGACAUUGGGGAAAAUGGGUUGCAGAGAUAAGAUUGCCGCAAAACAGAAUGAGGGUUUGGUUAGGUACUUACGACACGGCGGAAGCCGCCGCUUACGCUUACGAUCGCGCCGCCUAUAAGCUACGUGGAGAAUACGCUCGUCUCAAUUUCCCGAAUCUCAAGGAUCCGAGUGAGUUGCUCGGACUCGGAGAUUCCUCCAAGCUAAUAGCUCUCAAAAGCGCAGUCGACGGGAAGAUCCAAUCGAUUUGCCAGAGAGUUAGAAGAGAGAGAGCCAAAAAGAGCGGGAAAGUGAGCAAAAACUCGUCGGCGGCGACGGCAGAUUCUUCGUAUACGUCAUCGCCGGAGAUUCUGUCUUCCCCGACGGCAACGGCGACUGCUACUGCGGUUAAUUCAGAGGAUAGUUACUGGAACUCGCCAAUGGGUGUAUGGAACAGCGAGAAUAGUUCACCGGCGUCGGUUUCGAUCUCCGAUGAAGUUCCGGCGACAAUGACGGCGGCAGAGGAAGAUACGAUGAUGGGAGUGGAUACUGAUGGGUUUUUGCUUGCGAGGAUGCCGUCGUUCGACGCAGAGCUUAUUUGGCAAGUUCUCGCCAAUUGA